CACAAUAACAAAUAAUAACACACAGUAAAACUAAAAACAACAACAUCAACACAAUAUCUAAUUCAAUUUAGAUCUUUAUUUAUAAUAUAUAAUUUGUAAUAUAAUAGUAGUGAAUAAUAGUAUUCUUUGUGUAAAAAAGAAAUACGUAAAUAAUGGAUAAAAUGGCAGAUAAAUUAAAUAAAUUUAAAUCAUCUUCGCUAUUAAAUAAAGUACCACCACCACCACCAAAAUCAACAGGUACAUCAACACCAUCAUCACCUGCACCAACUUCACCAGUAUUUAGUAAUUCAGGAAACAAUUCACCAUCACCAUCACCAGCAUCAUUAUCAACAAGUGCAUCACCAGUUCCAUCACCAGGUAUGUCACCAAUUAUUUCAUCACAACCAAUUGAUUCAAACAAUACAACCUCAUCAACCAACCCAAUUAGAACUUCAGUUUCAUUUUUAAAUACAAGUGGUGGCAGUGGUACAACCUCUAAUGUUUCUCCAACCGAUAAAAAAUCAUUAACAUUAUCAUCAAGUCAAAUUAAAACCGGAGGACAAUAUAGAACAAGUACAUCUUUAGCAAUAAUUAAUAAUAGUUUAUUACCAAAUACAGAAAACUCAUCACCACCAUCAUCAUCAUUAAUUUCAUCAUCAUCUUCACCAACAGCAGAUUCAUUAUUAUAUUCAGAGGAUUCAGGUAAUACAGUAGAUCCAAAUACAAAGAAUGGUAAUUUAUAUAACAAUGGUUUAAGAAAUAAUAACAGUGAUAUUCAUUCACAUCAAAAUCAUUCAUCAAUUGUUUUUGAAGAUUCUGUAUAUUUCUUUGGUGGUUGCAGUGGUCAAAGUCUUUCUGAGUAUUCCAAUGAUUUUUAUUAUUAUAAUUUUGCAAGCAAAACAUGGACUAUUAUCCCAACUAUGAAAGGAACACCAUCAAUGAGAACUAGACAUUCAUGUGUUUUUUGGAAUAAUUCAAUUUAUGUUUUUGGUGGUUAUAGUGCUUCUGGAACAGGUGCUAAAAAUGAUUUACAUGUAUUUUCAUUUGAAACCCAAUCAUGGUCAGAGGUUCAAACCGAAGGCACAAAACCAACUCCAAGAUCAGGACAUACAGCAGUUAUUGAUGGCAAUCAUAUGGUUGUCUUUGGUGGUACAUCAGUUGUAGAUAAUACUAAACAAGUAAAUAAUGAAGUAUUCUCAUUAAAUUUAGAAACCAAAGUUUGGAGCACAGUUUUAACAACAUGCCCACCAACACCAAGAACAGGUCAUUCAGCUACUAUUCAUAAAGGUGUUAUGUAUGUAUUUGGUGGUCAAGAUCAAGCUGGUAACUUAUUGGAAGAUACUUCCUAUAGCUACACUUUUUCAACCAACUCUUGGAAACCUUCUCAAUUUGAAGGUUCAUCAAUUACACCAAGAAUGGACCACUCAGCUGUUCUUUUCCAAGAUUCAAUUUUUGUUUCAGGUGGUACUAAAUCUCAAAAUUUAGAUAUUUAUGAAUAUGAUUUAUACCAAAAGAAAUGUUUUAAGAUUUCAUCAUCAAAUAAUGUUACAAAUCGUAUUGGUCACUCAUCAACAGUCAAAGGAAAUUCAAUUUUAUUCUGGGGUGGUGUACAAGAUUCAUCUUUUGAUUAUUUCUCAUUUGGAAAGGAUGAAUUUGAAGAAGAUUAUCAAGAUGAUUAUGAAUUAAAUAGAGUUCAAAAUAUUCCAAAAGAAUUAUGGGAGGCAUCAUUAAUGAAAAAGCAUCCAGAAAUUUUAGAAUUAAGAGAAAAGACUUUAGCAUUUACUGGCACUAAAUCUUUUGCAAAAACAUUAGCAACACCAUCAUUUACAGAAAAUAAAUUAGCUUUAACACAUCAAUUUGUACUUCAGUUAGUUAUGGAGUAUUUAGAAAGAAAUACAUAUCAUAAAGUUAUUGCAGCAAUUCAAAAAGAAUCUGGUGUACUUCAUCAACCAACAGAAUCUGGUGAAAGUCGUUUGGUUUCUCUUCUACGUUUAGUUAAACCACGUUUAAGAAACAAGAAUGUUUUUGAUACCGAUCUUGCAUUAUUCCCAAAAGAAGAAGGUAAUGAUCCAGAAGUUCCAGUUGUUGAUCAUCUCUACCAUGACUAUCGUAGAUUUGAUGAGGAGGAAGAUAUUAACGUAUGGGAAGAACCAGAAGAUAAUCCAAGAAAUAUUAGAAAAACUGAAACCGAAAACGGUCAACCUCAAAUUAAAGCCGCUACAUUUAACAAGCUUAUUCAUUAUUUAGCACCAAAAGAAAAAAUUGUCGAUCCAAAUUUCCUCAAAACCUUUUUAUAUACACAUUCAUCAUUUACAACCUCUGAAAAACUUCUCAAGAAAUUAAUUCAACGUUAUGCAGUUCCAAACUCAAAUAAUAAUGAUCCAAAAUACAAACCUGAAGUUGUCGACCCAGUUCGUCAAAGAGUAUGUGAUGUUCUCAAGUAUUGGGUAGAUAAAUGUGCAUGGGAUUUUAGAUCUGGUCCAGGAUCGGGUGUUUUAGUAGCCACUCUUAAUAACUUUAUUGAUGGUUCAUUAACAAGAGAUAGUAAUCAAAAUAUUAAAAAACUUCGUGACCUCAAAAACAAAAUUCUUCAAGAAGAUGUCAUUCCAUAUGAUAACCCACCACCAGAGCCAAAAGUACCAAAGAAUAUUUUCUCUCCACAAUUAACACUCCUUCAUAUCGAUGAAUUGGAAAUUGCAAGACAGAUGACUUUAGUAGAGUCUAAACUUUUUGGUAAUAUCCCACCACCAGAAUUUAUGGUUCGUGUUGUUGGUUAUGGUGAAUUCCAAUAUAAUAUGGCUACAUCACCAAACUUAAUGACCUUUUUAAAUCGUGCUACCGAUGUUUCUAGAUGGGUUGUCCAUACCGUCCUUCAAGAAUCUCGUGAUAAAAAGAACAAAAUGAAAAUGUUAGAUAAAUUUAUAAAGACCACUGAAUGUCUUAGACAAUUAUGUAACUUCCAAACUCUUCAUUCAAUGUUACAAGGUUUCCAACAUCCAUUACUUCAAGCUCGUCCAGAACUUUUCACCCCACGUCAUCGUGAAAUCAUUGCCGAACAUGAAUAUCUCUUUUCCAAAAAUGAUAAUUAUAAAACAUAUCGUGAAGCUUUAGCAAAGAGUCAAGUUUGUGUUCCAUGGGUCGAAGUUAUUCGUGAAGAUAUUGCAAACAUUGAAAGAGACUAUCCAUCAAAUAUGAACAACCUCAUUAACUUUACCAAGAGAGUUCACCUUUAUAAUAUUCUUUCAAAGAUUCGUCACCAUCAAUUCCCAUUCAAUCUUCAAAUCGUUCACCAAGUUUCCACCUUUAUCAACAAAAUUCCAAAAUAUACCGAGCAAGAUCUUAGUGCUCUCGCAGAUACUCUUGUUAAUAGUCCAAUUGUUGGUUACCAACCAAGUGCCAUUGGUACAAGUGGUUCAGCCAGCUCAAUUAAUUUAGGUAGUGCUCGUGAAUUAAAUAACAAUAACCGUGAUUUAGCAAGUAGUACCUCUUCAAUGACCUCUUCAAGUAGUUUAUCCCAAUCAAUAAAUAAUGGUUCAACUGGUAAUUUACCUAAUGUAAUAGUUAAAUUAUAAAAAUAGUAAAAUAUAUUUUAGAAAAAAAAAAAAUAAUAUAUGUAAUAU